AUGAAGCAUCUAACCGAAGCGCAGAGCCCUCUACCUGAAUCGCAGAAUCUUCAGACCGAACCGCGGAACCCGGUGCUCAGCAUGCCAGUCGCACGCAACGCAGUCGUGUAUCGCGACUUGCACGGCACCCUAGAAAGGCCCAGCAAGCGGGAACGCGACUCUAUUUUCCCUGUACCUUAUUACGAUGAAGAAGAGAAUGAGAACAAAAGGCGAAAGAAAGAUGAUGAAGACGAGGUUGAUGAUGAAGAAGAUGAGGUUGAUGAAGAAGAAGAUGAGGUUGAUGAAGAAGAAGGCGAGGUUAAUGAUGAAGAAGAAGGCGAGGUUAAUGAUGAAGAAGAUGAGUUUGAUGAAGAAGAAGGUUCAGAGUAUAUGAGUGAGGAAGAAGGUGAGGCGCCGGGAGACAACCGCGAGAAUCCAGCAUCUAACGACCGUACGGAUGCAUUUGAGGCGAAGUUGGAGAAGCUCACGCUCGACCAUGAGACAUUCAAGCUCAACUAUGGGACACUCAAACUCGACCAUGAGAAGCUCAAACUCAACUAUGAGAAACUCAAACUCCACCAUGAGACGCUCAAACUAAACUAUGAGAUGCUUAAACUCAACUACGAGAGCCACAAAGAGAAAACCAAGGUUCGCCUCGGAGGAUUGGUUGGCCGCGUGUCGCAGGGCACCAGAGCCACCAAUUGGGUAUUUGGCAGACUCCGCGCAACCACGAAGACGGCGGAUGCCGCCGCCACAAGGGAUCUGCGCGAACAGGAAUCUAUGCCGCGGCCUACUCGCUCGCCUGCGGUUGUCACUGUCGCCUCCUUUGGAAAUGCCGAUGCCAACCCUGCGUAUUGGGCUGAGUAG